AUGCCUAUCGAAUUUGUUUGCAAAAUCAAAUUUGCAGAGGAGGAUGAGAAGCAGAAAAGCAAGCAAGAUGGGGAUAAGGAGAGCCUGAUCGAGGAGAGCUGUACGCCGCCGGCCAAAGACUUGGCAGGGUUUGCUAACUCCUGCUCCCUCCAUGGGAUCAACCACAUCUUCGUCUCUGGCCGCCUGGGGAUCCGGCAGACUCUCUGGGCUCUUGCCUUCUUGACUUCUCUGGCACUCUUUCUGUACCAAGCAGCCAAGUGUGCCAUCUCCUACCUGGAGCACCCUCAUGUGACGGCGCUGAACGAAGAGGCAACCCCGGAGAUGGUCUUCCCUGCCGUGACCAUCUGCAACAUCAACCGGUUUCGCUUCUCAGCCCUCACCGACGCAGACAUCUACCACCUGGCAAACUUGACGGGUCUGCCCCCCAAGAACAGGGAUGGGCACAAACCCACUGAUUUGAUGUAUCCUGCACCUGACAUGCAGGACAUCUUCAACAGGACGGGGCAUCAGCUGGAGGAGAUGCUGAUGAGCUGCAAUUUCAGUGGACAGAACUGCUCAGUUGACGACUUCUCUGUGGUUUACACCAGAUACGGGAAAUGCUACACUUUUAAUGGCAACAAGACGACAUCCAAGAAGACGAAGCAGGGAGGGAUGGGAAAUGGGCUGGAGAUCAUGUUGGAUAUCCAGCAGGAUGAGUAUCUGCCCAUCUGGAGAGAGACGAAUGAGACGUCCCUGGAGGCCGGCAUCCGAGUUCAGAUCCACAGUCAGGACGAGCCUCCCUACAUCCACCAGCUGGGCUUCGGCGUCUCGCCCGGCUUCCAGACCUUCGUUUCAUGUCAGGAGCAAAGGCUGACCUACCUGCCCCAGCCCUGGGGGAACUGCCGCUCCACCAGCAGGGAGAAGUUCCCGGGAUACGACACGUACAGCAUCAGCGCCUGUCGCCUGCUCUGCGAAACCAACGAGGUCAUGCGCGUGUGCAACUGCAGGAUGGUUCACAUGCCUGGAACUGCAGAUAUCUGCCCUCCCAGUAAAAUCAACUGUGUUGACAAAGCACUCGCCCAGCUACAGAAGAACAGUGGGGAUAUCUGUCCAUGUGAGACGCCCUGUAAUCUCACCCGCUACGGUAAAGAGCUCUCCAUGGUCAAAAUCCCCAGCAAGGGCUCGGCUCGCUAUCUGUCCAGGAAAUAUGACAAGUCAGAGGACUACAUCAGAGACAAUUUCUUGGUGUUAGAUAUUUUUUUCGAAGCACUGAACUAUGAAACAAUUGAGCAAAAGAAAGCAUACGAUGUCGCAGGAUUAUUAGGUGACAUUGGUGGACAAAUGGGUUUAUUCAUCGGCGCCAGCAUCCUGACAGUCUUAGAAAUACUGGAUUACAUUUACGAGCUGAUCAAGCAUCGGCUACAGCGUCUGCUGAGACCGCAGAAAGAAGAGAAGAAGAAUACCCAGCCGACCACAACUGUUGCCACAGUGGGUCUAGAAGAAAUGAAAGCAAAGGAGCCCAAUGACACGACACGGAGUCACCCAGAGGGGGCGUACGCCAACACGAUCCUCCCUAACCACCACGUCCCUCAUCCUCAUCCCCACCCUCAUCCUCACCCGCACCCUCUUUCUCACCCUCUUCCUGCGCCGCACCAACAUCGCCCGGGACACCACGGCAUAUUUGAGGACUUCGCUUGCUAAAGCCAGCUUUUGUUUCCAGUCCUGGUGACAAAACAAGACAGGAACUAUCUGUGUUGAGACAAAAACAGAUUCCCUCCCUCUUCCUCCUCCUCCUCCUCUGCAUCUCCGUAUUUUCUUUGCUCUCACCAGUGAAAAGCUACAGCCAAAGUCAAAAACACUAAACUUGUGCUGCUAACAAACCACUUGUAUGUACAGUUUAGGCACAAAUCAGACACGGCUUCUUCUUCUUCUUCUUCUUCUUCUAAUUCUUCUUCUUUGUCUGUUUUUCUCGUUUUGAUCCAAAUGGGAACCAAACCUAACUCAGCGUCGCCUUGACUUCUCGGAGACUACAUUGACCAACUCUUUGGUACAUGAUCACUACGAAGGGAUAAGAGGAAAAAUGCACUUUAAAAAGGAUUUAUUUAUUCUGUUGGCAUCUAUUUUUAAUUGUUAAUAAUAUUAUUACGUCUUUGUUCCUGAAUCUACUCUGACUUCAUGAAGCUGUAUCAGAUCAUUACACUUGAUAAAUUAUGUAAUUAUUUAACAAAGUACUAUUAUCUGUCUGUUCUGUAUUGUAUACAAGAUAACAGUAAGCAAACCUUGUUGGUGUUGAA